AGGCAAAAACCAUGGGUUCUUGACUAACCACUCACCCAGCGAUGGGAAGAUCUUCCCAUCAAUGGGUAAGCGGCUCCUCAGCCAAACCAGUUUCCAGAACCAUGCCAAACAGCGAUGGGGAGUUCCACCCAUCGCUGUUAGAGCCUUGGUGCAAAAUUACCACAAGGCAGAACGACCUUGCCCAGCGAUGGGAAGUCUAUCCCAUCGAUGGGAACCCAGCGAUGGGAAGCUUGUUUCCCUUGGUUGUACGAAGGAAAGGUAUUUUCCUUCGGGUUGAAGUCUUGGAGUGCGGUAUCUCCGAGCAAGUGUAUUAAGGCUCGUGGGACUCGAGUUCUCAGGUUGUAACGGUUUGUUAAGCACCCGUAAGCUUAACGGAAGUAGUGUAGCUCGAGAGAGUCUCUCGGGAGGCUGGAUUAGCCACAAGUUGUGGUGAACCAGGGUAAAUCUUGGUGUGCUCCCUUUACGCUUUCUACGCUCUUUACUUUUCACGUUCUUAAUUUUUUUUCCUGCGA